AAAACAAACCCAGGAGCUCUCUCUCCGAUCUCCGUGGUUCCUGCCGGCCUUGUACCUUCGCCACCGGAGACGCCGUCUUCGUUGCCACUGCGGUUUCACGGCGAGGCUGCGACUCCGCCGCCUGAUCUUGGCUUGGAAAGGUAAUCUGUAGUUGCUACUGAUCACGCUCUUUCUUUAUCUCGCUCUCUGACGAGCGAGGGUUAAGGCUUGUUUUCGGCGGAGAUCAGUCCUCAUCUGUGACUACUCUCCAUUGUUAUGAGUUGCUUCCUUUCUCUUUAGCCGCUGGUGUCUAAGUUAAGCAGCGGCUGGCUAUGAGAACUACAGAAGCAAGUUUUCGUCGGCUAGAUUCUGAUUUUUCAGGUUUCUUUUGAUUGUCUUCGGUGAAGGAAGAUAAAAGUUUAAAUACUGCAAUGGGCGGGAUGGGAGACGUUGCGGGGGGAGAGAGAUUAACGGUUGUGGAAAAUGGUUUCUCAAAAGAGCCUGAAUCUUCUCCUAGUACAAGUACUCCUUCAACAGUUGCUGCUCCAGCACAGAAGGGUUUCCAAGGGAAUGAUGCAAUUUCUUAUGCCAACAUUCUAAGGUCAAGGAACAAGUUUGUUGAUGCUCUUGCUCUCUAUGAGAUCGUAUUGGAGAAGGAUAGCAGAAAUGUUGAAGCACAUAUCGGAAAAGGGAUAUGCUUGCAGAUGCAAAACAAAGGGAGGUUAGCUUUGGAUAGUUUUUCAGAAGCUAUUAGGUUGGACCCGCAUAAUGCUUGUGCACUCACACACACUGGUAUACUUCAUAAAGAUGAAGGGCGCUUGGUAGAAUCUGCCGAGGUUCGAAAAUCACCUUUCCUGUCUCAGUCUUAUCAGAAAGCAUUAAUGGCAGACCCUUCAUACAAACCAGCGGCAGAGUCCUUAGCUGUUGUUUUGACUGACCUUGGGACUAGCCUAAAGCUGGCUGGAAAUACUCAGGAGGGAAUUCAAAAAUAUUAUGAAGCUCUUAAGAUUGAUCCGCACUAUGCUCCUGCAUAUUACAACCUAGGUGUUGUGUAUUCUGAAAUGAUGCAAUAUGACUCUGCCCUGAGUUGUUAUGAGAAAGCCGCACUAGAGAGGCCUAUGUAUGCUGAAGCAUAUUGCAACAUGGGGGUCAUCUAUAAGAAUCGUGGUGACUUGGAGACAGCAAUUGCUUGUUAUGAGAGAUGUCUGGCUGUCUCUCCUAACUUUGAGAUUGCAAAGAAUAAUAUGGCUAUAGCUCUAACGGAUUUAGGGACAAAGAUUAAACUUGAAGGCGACGUGAACCAGGGAGUGGCAUAUUACAAGAAGGCUUUGUAUUAUAAUUGGCACUAUGCUGAUGCUAUGUACAAUCUUGGGGUGGCUUAUGGUGAAAUGCUGAAGUUUGAUAUGGCAAUUGUCUUCUAUGAGCUUGCUUUCCACUUCAAUCCACACUGUGCUGAGGCUUGCAACAAUCUGGGUGUGAUUUACAAAGAUCGUGACAACCUUGAUAAAGCUGUGGAGUGUUACCAGAUGGCUUUGUCAAUCAAACCGAACUUCGCACAAUCAUUGAAUAACCUUGGCGUUGUUUACACAGUCCAGGGAAAAAUGGAUGCUGCUGCCAGCAUGAUUGAGAAGGCUAUCCUUGCAAAUCCAACUUAUGCAGAAGCAUAUAAUAACCUAGGUGUUCUUUACAGAGAUGCUGGAAAUAUACCUAUGGCAAUUGAUGCCUACGAACAGUGCCUUAGGAUAGAUCCAGAUUCUCGCAAUGCUGGCCAGAAUCGAUUACUUGCCAUGAACUACAUUAAUGAAGGACAUGAUGACAAACUAUUUGAGGCUCACAGAGACUGGGGUAGACGAUUCAUGAAGUUAUAUCCACAGUACACGUCAUGGGACAAUUCAAAAGAUCCGGAGCGACCUCUCGUCAUUGGAUAUAUUUCCCCCGAUUUCUUCACACAUUCUGUAUCUUAUUUCAUUGGAGCGCCUCUUGCACAUCAUGAUUGUACAAAUUACAAAGUGGUGGUUUAUUCAGCCGUUGUUAAGGCAGAUGCAAAAACAUAUAGGUUCAAGGAAAAAGUCUUGAAGAAGGGUGGAAUGUGGAAGGAUGUAUAUGGGAUAGAUGAGAAAAAAAUUGCAAGCAUGGUAAGAGAAGACAAGAUUGAUAUUUUGGUAGAACUAACUGGUCAUACAGCCAACAACAAGUUGGGAGCCAUGGCCUGCAGGCCAGCACCUGUUCAGGUUACAUGGAUCGGGUAUCCAAAUACUACAGGUUUACCCUCUGUUGACUAUAGAAUUACGGAUUCCUUGGCCGAUCCACCAGAUACCGAACAAAAGCAUGUUGAGGAGCUGAUUAGGCUUCCGGAGUGCUUUCUGUGUUAUACACCUUCAGCAGAGGCUGGUCCUGUUUGUCCAACUCCUGCACUUUCCAAUGGCUUUGUUACAUUUGGUAGUUUUAACAAUCUUGCAAAGAUCACACCCAAGGUGUUGCAAGUUUGGGCAAGAAUACUAUGUGCAGUUCCUGAUUCUCGUUUAGUGGUCAAAUGCAAGCCAUUCUGCUGUGAUAGUAUCAGACAGAGGUUUCUCACGACACUGGAGCAGUUGGGAUUAGAAUCAAUGCGGGUUGAUCUUUUGCCACUAAUUCUUUUCAACCACGACCAUUUGCAAGCUUAUUCGUUAAUGGAUAUCAGUUUGGACACCUUUCCUUAUGCUGGAACUACCACUACAUGUGAAUCUCUCUACAUGGGAGUUCCAUGCAUUACAAUGGCUGGGUUCGUACAUGCUCACAAUGUAGGUGUCAGUCUUCUUACUAAAGUUGGACUAGGGCAUCUGGUUGCAAAAAACGAAGAUGAAUAUGUUCAGUCAGCCAUUCAACUGGCAUCCGAUGUUAAAGCCCUUGCCAAGUUGAGGAUGAGGCUCCGAGAUCUAAUGGCUAAAUCCCCUGUUUGUGACGGCCCUAACUUCACGGUUGCUCUUGAAUCCGCAUACCGGGAGAUGUGGCGUAGGUACUGCAAAGGUGACGUUCCAUCCUUGAGGCAAAUGGAAAUGCUACAACGGGAGGUCUCGGAAGGUUCCUCCUUGAGAGACACCACUGCAUCAAGAUCCAAUGUUCCUGGAGAAGACAACACAAAAGCCAACGGCUAUGUUCCACUACCCUCAUCUACCUCAACCCAAAACUCACCGCUUGCAAAGAGAAUGGGAUCCAGUUGAACAGAGAGAGAGAGAGAGAGAUCUGCAGAAAUCCGGCUGCUGCAUAACAUCGGGGUGAGACACGUAGAAGUAUUUCACUGAAAAGGGUUUUCAUUUUCCGGGGAACAGAAUGCAACAGUAACAAGGCCUUAGCUGAUUCUAUGGGACUCAUAUGUCGAAUGUGGGAAGGAUCUCCUAUCUUUUGCUCCCUCAAAAGAUUCAUAGGAAAUUAGGGUUUGAUUACAAAGAACAGCAAGGAGACCCUUUUGUCUAUGUUCUUUUUUCUCUAGUGUUUUAGCGGUUUGUGUCUCCUUUUGUCCUUAGAUGAGAUAUUUAUUAUUCUUGGGAGGUUCACAGUGUCAUUCUAGUUGUUGUGCAUUAGCAGUCUUGAAAAAAAACUAUUUUAAAGCAGGCAUUCAAAGUGUUU